AUGGCGGCGUCUCAUAGCCCCAUCACAAAGUGGGCUUGGAUCCCCGACCUUGAGUUGUGCCCUCGAGACAUGCGACAAACCCGGAACACGGGGACCCAUUGUCCAUACGCGGUGAGACUCCGUUGUGGUCGUCUGCGAUGCAGACUUAGGGGCAAAUUGGUUCGAAUCGAUCCCCUAAACGGUAUCCACAACGGGCCAACAAUUAUAUAA